AACCAGGUGUCUUGGGUUGAUGACGCCGCUUUGGAGGCUCUGUAUAGAUAACGGGACUUGGGCCACACGCUUCCAGGGAUUGCAAGCCAAGAAAACUGUGCUCCUGACUGGGGCCAAUUCUGCCUGCAGCGUGUACAGGGACAGCAAUUUUCCUGCGGCAAGACACAGCGCGUCUGAUAAAGUGUGAAUUCUGUGUGAAUGCUCGUCGCUGUAGUGGACUGUAGCCCCCUUCGCCACUCGGAAUCUUGAUAGAAACAGAAGCUGGUAGCUCCAGUGCCCGUUCGGCAUUUCUUCAACUUCGUGGCAAGAAAGCCAGAACCGUACAGAAGACAUUGGGAGCCAUUAGGAGAUUCUGUGCAACGCGGCGUUUCUUUUUGGCUCCAAGGGGUUCCGCUUCUGAAGUUGCAAUCGCUUUUGCAGUUCCGCCACCAUGUCUCGCUCCAGCCGGGUUGUCCGAGUUGCCCGAGUUGUUUUUGUUGGUUUUCUUGUUGCUCUGCUGGUCAAAUGGGCACCGCUGGACUUCUCGGUGGCGCGCAAGGGCACCGCGCCAGCAGCUCUUCAGGCCGCGCCAGAGUUGGGCUUUGGAAAGUACAGCGAGAAAACGAUUCUGGAUGUGGUGAACGAGGAUCCAGACUAUUGCAGAUGGAUUGUGGAUACAUACAAUUCUGCUCCUGAUGAUUGCACCGAAAAGCUGAAGAUUGCGGCAGAGUGGAUCCAGGAAAACAAUCCUGAGAUCAAUGAGGGAAGACUCAUGGGCUUUGGGAAGCACAGGAGCGAAACGAUGGAGUGGGUCUACGAAAACGAACAAGACUACACAGCUUGGGUCAUGUCAAAGUUUAAGGAAGCAGACAAUGACCACAGCGGCAAAUUGGCAGCCUUUGCCAGAUAUGUCCUUGAGCGUCAAGAAAAUGAGGAAUGA